CUGGAAUCACCGCAACGCUGGCUAGCCAUAAGGAGUCGAGACCCGGCCGCCAACUCUGCUUUUUACUACGGCGUCACUUCAACAUCGAUCUUUUGUCGCCCGACAUGUCCAGCUCGCGUCGCAAGACGGAACAACGUAAUUUUCUUUGACGACCUUCCCUCGGCCCGGAAAGCAGGAUACCGACCUUGCAAACGAUGCGACCCUCAGAACGUAUCAUGGCAUCGGAAUAUGCGAAGCAAAGCAGAUUUUGACACCGCCAAAAGUCUGAUCGAGGGGUCUGAGAAACAGGGAGAAAUCUGGACCGUCGCUGGUGUUGCUGAGGAAGUUGGUGUCAGCAUUGGACAUCUCCACCGGCUUUUCAAAAAGUAUGCAAACACGACACCGAAGGACUUUGUU